AUGACAACCUCAAAUAGGAGUGUACGACUGCAGACAAAGCAUGGAGGACAUAAGAAUGGGAGGAAAGGAGGACUGUCUGGAAGUUCAUUUUUCACCUGGUUCAUGGUCAUUGCCUUGCUGGGAGUCUGGACGUCAGUAGCCGUUGUUUGGUUUGAGCUUGUUGAUUAUGAAGAAGUUCUAGCCAAAGCAAAGGACUUCCGUUAUAAUUUAUCAGAGGUGCUUCAAGGAAAACUGGGAGUCUAUGAUGCUGACGGUGAUGGGGAUUUUGAUGUGGAUGAUGCCCAAGUUUUAUUAGAAGGAUCCAGUGGGGUAGUCAAGAAAAAAUCUAAGGCCAAAGUUAAAGAACUCACUAAAGAAGAGCUCAAGAAGCCCAGAGAGAAAGCAGAGUCGAGAAAGGAAAGUAAGAGUGAAGAGAGAAGAAAGAGGAGGAAGGAAAAAGAGGCUGGCCAGAAGGAGAAGCAAAGCCCGGAUUCCCAGCUGCCCAUUAGAGGGCCUGCUAAGGGUGAGAAGGAUGAAGGAAAGGGGAGAGCAGGCCUCCAUGGAAGUGGCAAAGCCAAGGAAAGGGGGAGGAACCUGUCAAGUAAGGAAAAGAUGGCUAGUAAAAUGAUGACCAGGAACAAGGAAGACGGAAAGGAGGGUAGAAGCCACAAACAUGCACACUCAGCGAAGGGAGAGACCCAGAAACGAGCGAGGCUUAAGGAAAGCUCCGCCUCAGAGCCAGCUGCACCAGGAGAACAACUGGAGCCAGAAGCUGCUGGAGAACAGGUGCACCCUGGGACAGGGGAAGACAUACACCAAGAAGAGGAUGAACCAGCCAGAGAUCAGCAACUAGCAGAUGAAGAUUUCCUGACAGGAAGUGAUAUAGAUGAUAAAUUUGAGAGUCAAAACCUGGAAGCAGAAACAUUUCAUGAAGAAACUGUGGACAGUUACCAUGUGGAAGAGCCAGCUCCACAAGACUAUGUUCAGGAUAUGGAAGAAGUGAUAUAUGAACAGGAAAGUCCAGAUUCCAGUGUACCAGUCGUAGAUGAUGAAAGAUUACACCAUGAUACGGAUGAUGUGAUGCACCAAGUCUAUGAUGAACAAGAAAAUGAUGUAGAAGAGUCACACAUAAUUUUAGAAGAAGUAAGUAUGCCCCCGGCAGAAGAACAACAUGAAGGACCAUCAGAAACAAACGGGAAGACAGGUGAUCCAGAACCAAAAGAAAAAGUUAAGAAGAAGAAGCCUAAACUUUUAAAUAAAUUUGAUAAGACUAUUAAAGCUGAACUUGAUGCUGCAGAAAAACUCCGCAAAAGGGGAAAAAUUGAGGAGGCGCUGAAGGCAUUUGAAGAACUGGUGCGCAAGUACCCACACAGUCCGCGGGCCAGAUACGGGAAGGCACAGUGUGAAGAUGACUUAGCCGAGAAGAAGAAGAGCAAUGAGGUGCUGCGGGGGGCCAUUGAGACCUACCAGGAGGUGGUCAGCCUGCUCGAUGUCCCCCCAGACCUGGUGAAGCUAAGUCUGAAGCGACGGUCAGACAGACAACAAUUUCUAGGUCACAUGAGGGGCUCCUUGCUGACUCUGCAGAGAUUAGUUCAACUUUUCCCCAGUGAUACUUCCUUAAAGAAUGACCUUGGAGUGGGGUACCUCCUCAUGGGGGACAACGACAGUGCCAAGAAGGUGUAUGAAGAGGUUCUGACUGUGACACCCAGUGAUGGCUUUGCUAAAGUGCAUUAUGGCUUCAUUCUGAAGGCACAGAACAAGAUCGCAGAGAGCAUUCCUUACUUAAAGGAAGGGAUAGAAUCUGGUGCUCCUGGCACUGAUGAUGGACGAUUUUAUUUCCACCUGGGUGACGCCAUGCAGCGGGUUGGGGACAAAGAGGCAUAUCGGUGGUAUGAACUUGGCCACAAGAGAGGCCACUUUGCAUCUGUGUGGCAGCGGUCUCUCUACAAUGUCAAAGACCUCAAAGCCCAACCGUGGUGGACUGCAAAGGAAACCGGCUACACAGAAUUGGUCAAGUCUUUAGAAAGAAACUGGAAGUUGAUUCGAGAUGAAGGCCUUGCUGUGAUGGACAAAGCCAGGGGCCUCUUCCUGCCUGAGGAUGAAAACCUGAGGGAGAAGGGAGACUGGAGCCAGUUCACACUCUGGCAGCAAGGAAGGAAAAAUGAAAAGGCUUGUAAAGGAGCUCCUAGAACCUGUGCUUUGCUCGAAAAAUUCCCCGAGACAACAGGAUGCAGACGAGGACAGAUCAAGUAUUCUGUCAUGCACCCGGGGACACACGUGUGGCCACACACAGGACCCACAAAUUGCCGGCUCCGAAUGCACCUGGGCUUGGUGAUCCCCAAGGAAGGAUGCAGGAUCAGAUGUGCUGGCGAAACCAAGACUUGGGAAGAAGGCAGAGUGCUCAUCUUUGACGACUCGUUUGAACAUGAGGUGUGGCAGGAUGCCUCAUCUUUCCGGCUGAUUUUCAUCGUGGAUGUGUGGCACCCAGAGCUGACACCCCAGCAGAGGCGCACCCUUCCUGCAAUUUAG